AUGAGCUGCUCGUGCGCAGAGUACUACCGACUGCGGGCGUCCGAGAUCACGGGACAGCUGGCGUCGUGGUCGCAGUCGGCGGCCGAACGGGACAAGUCGUUCGUCCAGCUGUUGCGGACCAAAUUCGAGCGGCGUGCGCGUCUCGCCGACGCGGUGGACCUGACGUCGCGGAACGCUGUGGCCGAGACGCGGCUCGCGCUCGUGGCCAACAACGAGCUCGCGGAGGCCGCGUCGAACAGAGCGGCGACCGAGCUCGAGCGUUUCGCCGAUGAAUUGCGGCGGGCCGGCUACGACGGCGGCGAGGUCGUGGCGGCCGCGUUGGACGCGGAGUGCGAGCGCCUUCGCGGGAUCAUAAGCCUGAGGCGCGCAGCGCUUGAAAAGGCCACGGCCGCUAGCAAAGUGGCCGGCGAUCGAUUGCGGCAAGACCGGGCUGUCAACGACCGGAUGACGCAUAACGUGAUGGCGGCCACCGCUGGACGCGGAGAAUAAUCGGCUUCGCGAGAUCGUGAAUCCGAACCGGACAGUGCUUGCAAAGGCCGCGGCCGGCCACCGAUCGUGUCAGGAUCGGGCUAUCAACGACAGGAGUAGGGUGAAAUAGCCGAUUCAAAAACCCAGUCCUAUUCCCACUCCCUGCGCAUCACAAAAUAUAUUGUUUAUCACGAAAGUAAAUUAGGUAUAAUAUU